AGCCAAAGCAUCUGAGAUUGAAACGCACCGUCUUUUGUCGCGUAAUAGCAUCGCUGACGCAGAUGCAAAAAUCGAAGGAGAACGCGAUGCUUUGUUCCUCUUUUGUUCUUCCUCUUUCCAAUCUUCAACUUUAGGGUUCCUUUAAUCUCAUCGUUCUUCCUCAAUCUCAAGCUCCGUUCACUCCAACACCACUAGGAAAAUAGGCCUUCCAAUUCAUGAUUUGAAUCCCAACUCUACUACCAUGUUAAUCCCUGUUGUGCAAAACCUUAGAUGCCAAUUAUUUGAAAUGGUGGAAGUGACUAGUUAUCCACCUUUGGACUACUACCAGUGAAAGUAUUUAACAGGUUGGUUUCAAUUGGAUUAUCAAUCCUUGCUCUCAAAGAAAAGUGCAGCUGAGGUGACAAUUGGAUUUGUACUUGAGCUAUUUAGAAAUGGAUGGACCAGCUGGCCGAGGUGGUGCUGGCCUCGACAUGUUUCUACCAAAUUAUAAACUGGGAAAAACUCUUGGGAUUGGAUCUUUUGGCAAGGUGAAAAUUGCAGAACAUGUAUUGACUGGUCAUAAGGUUGCAAUCAAGAUCCUAAAUCGCCGCAAGAUAAAGAACAUGGAAAUGGAAGAAAAAGUGAGGAGAGAAAUCAAAAUUUUAAGAUUAUUCAUGCAUCCUCACAUUAUACGGCUUUAUGAAGUCAUAGAAACUCCAUCUGACAUAUAUGUUGUUAUGGAGUAUGUGAAAUCUGGAGAGCUCUUUGAUUACAUAGUAGAGAAAGGUAGGUUGCAGGAAGAUGAAGCUCGCAAUUUUUUUCAACAGAUAAUCUCUGGUGUGGAGUACUGUCACAGGAAUAUGGUGGUUCAUAGAGAUUUGAAGCCUGAGAAUUUACUUUUGGACUCCAAAUGGAAUGUCAAGAUUGCUGAUUUUGGCUUGAGCAACAUCAUGCGUGAUGGUCACUUUCUUAAAACCAGCUGUGGAAGCCCUAACUAUGCAGCUCCUGAGGUUAUCUCCGGGAAAUUGUAUGCUGGACCUGAAGUGGAUGUCUGGAGCUGUGGUGUAAUUUUAUAUGCUCUUCUUUGCGGCACUCUUCCUUUUGAUGAUGAAAACAUUCCAAAUCUCUUCAAGAAAAUAAAGGGUGGGAUAUACACCCUUCCAAGUCAUCUAUCACCUGGUGCUAGGGAUUUGAUACCAGGGAUGCUUGUGGUUGAUCCUAUGAGGAGAAUGACCAUACCUGAGAUCCGUCAACACCCAUGGUUCCAAGCUCGUCUUCCACGUUAUUUGGCUGUGCCCCCACCAGAUACACUGCAACAGGCCAAAAAGAUUGAUGAAGAGAUUCUUCAGGAAGUGGUGAAGAUGGGAUUUGACAGGAAUCAAUUGAUUGAAUCCCUUCGGAACAGGAUACAAAAUGAGGGUACUGUAGCAUACUAUUUGCUAUUGGACAAUCGAUUCCGGGUUUCCAGUGGUUAUCUUGGUGCUGAGUUUCAGGAGUCCAUGGAUUCCAGUUUUAACCAAAUGCAUUCCAAUGAAGUUGCUUCUUCAGUUGUUGGACAACGCUUUCCAGGCUAUAUGGAUUAUCCAGGAGUAGGAUCGAGGCCACAGUUCCCCGUUGAAAGGAAAUGGGCGCUUGGGCUUCAGUCACGAGCCCAUCCUCGAGAAAUAAUGACUGAGGUCCUUAAAGCUUUGCAAGAGUUAAAUGUUUGUUGGAAGAAAAUUGGACACUACAACAUGAAGUGCAGGUGGGUUGCUGCCAUUCCUGGCCAUCACGAAGGAAUGGUGAACAAUAAUGUGCACGGUAACAACCAUUACUUUGGAGAUGACUCCAACAUUAUUGAGAAUGAUGCUAUUUCUACUGCAAACGUGGUCAAAUUUGAAGUGCAGCUUUACAAAACUCGGGAAGAAAAGUAUCUGCUUGAUCUUCAAAGGGUGCAGGGUCCACAGUUUCUUUUCUUGGAUCUGUGUGCUGCUUUCCUUGCACAGCUUCGCGUCCUCUAGAGCAAAGAGCUUAGGAUCACAAGAGACUUAAAUAAGCCUUGUGUUUUAUGUGAAUAAGCUUUCAUUGUACAUAUAAGUAUCUUUCCUCUGGUACCCCCCGUUUUUCUAUGGGUAAACAUUAUAAUGAGCCAAUCCUAAAUAUGGGAUUUGGUUCGUUAACAAUGGUGUUCAACUAGUUGUUCCUAUCUCUUGGUCAUUUAAUUUCUUGGGAAAAGCUAAAUAGCCCCUAACUCACAGUAUGUGUAUGGUUUUCAACCAAGUGCUGUAAAUGACUGUUGCUAUUUGGAAGGGAUGCCUAGGCUGCCUACUACUUUUGCAGAUUAGCCCUUGUUUUCUCAUAAAUCUAAUUUCACAUUACUCAUGUUGAAUGCAACCUCAUUUCAGACUGGUACUGAGAAUUUAAA